CUUCUGUACCUCACUCUGACUUUUUUAUAUCUGCAGACACACACACACACACACACACACACACACACACACACACACACACAGAUUCAUUUGUUCUUUCAGCAUGGGCAACUUUGCAGCGAAUGAAGGACUAUCCAUCUUUGUUAUUCUGGUAUGGCUUGGGAUCAAUGCUUACCUCUUUGUCCAUUUCUACAUGGUGUUUCUGGUGGAUCGGUUCUACUACAGCAGGGAAAUCCUCGGGCAUGCUCUGCCCUGGGCGAGAGCUCCAGCUGCAUGUCUGAACUUUAACUGCAUGUUGAUCCUCCUGCCGGUCUGCCGCAACCUUCUGUCCUUCCUCCGAGGCUCCAUACAGUGCUGUAGCCGUACGGCUGCCCGUCAACUAGACAAAAACAUCACGUUCCACAAACUGGUGGCCUACAUGAUUGCCUUCCACACAGCGGUGCACACCAUCGCUCAUCUGUUUAAUUUCGAGCGCUUUGAGUCUGCUCAGCGGGAGGACAACAACAAAUCACUGCCCCACAUUCUGUCUUUGAUUGGCAACAAGGACAAUGAGUCUUACCUCAACCCGAUCCGGUCCCCUGAGACGAGCCAGACCAUUGUGAUGUUCACCACGAUCGCAGGACUGACGGGUGUGGUCAUCACCCUCUCCCUCAUCCUCAUCAUUACCUCCUCCAUGGAAGUCAUUCGCAGGUCCUAUUUUGAAGUGUUCUGGUUCACGCAUCACCUCUUCAUCAUCUUCUUCAUCGGACUGGUGCUGCACGGGGUUGGUCGUAUUGUACGAGGCCAGACCUUUGACAAUCUAAAGAAGCAUAACCCGAUAAACUGUAGCAGUCGGUUUGAGAGCUGGGGCACGGUGCCGGAUUGCCCUACACCGGAUUUUGCAGGAAAUCCUCCAGCGACGUGGAAGUGGGUCCUUGCGCCGAUGAUCCUGUAUGUGUUUGAGAUGCUUGUGCGAUUCUACCGCUCGCAGCAGAAGGUGGUUAUCACCAAGGUAGUGAUGCAUCCGUCAAAGACCCUGGAGCUUCAGUUGAAGAAGAAAGGCUUUAAGAUGGAGGUGGGUCAGUACGUCUUCAUGAAGUGUCCGUCCAUCUCGCAGCUGGAGUGGCAUCCUUUCACCCUGACCUCUGCUCCCGAGGAAGACCACUUCAGUAUCCACGUCCGUAUCGUUGGAGACUGGACGGAUGCCCUGUACAAGGCAUGCGGUGGGGACAAAACCGAAGGUCAGGAUGCCUGGGAACUUCCCAGGGUGGCAGUGGAUGGCCCCUUCGGCACGGCCAGUGAGGAUGUGUUCCGCUACGAGGUGGUCAUGCUGGUGGGUGCAGGAAUCGGUGUCACCCCCUUUGCAUCCAUCCUUAAGUCUGUGUGGUACAAAACCGUCCAGCAAAACACCAAUGUGUUCACCAAGAAGAUCUACUUCUAUUGGCUGUGUCCAGAGACACAGGCGUUUGAGUGGUUUGCAGACCUGCUGCAGUCCCUGGAGCGCCAGAUGGGCGAGAAAAGCAUGAGUGGCUUCCUCAAUUACAACAUCUACCUCACUCGCUGGAAGGAGACCGAGGCUGCUCACUUCAGAGUUCACCAUGAGGCAGAAAACGACCCCAUCACCGGCCUGAAGCAGAAAACUCUGUACGGAAAACCCAACUGGGAAAACGAGUUUAACAGCAUCGCCACCACUCACCCAGGGUGUAAAGUCGGGGUGUUUCUCUGUGGACCGACUCCUCUGGCGAAAGCCUUAGAAAAACAAUGUCUGAACCAGUCGCAGGCGGGAGCCGAAUUCAUCUUCAACAAGGAAAACUUCUAAUCCUAGAGAUGGAUAGAAUUUAAAUCAUCUAAUCUCUGCUCUGUAGUGUGUGUGUGUGUGUGUGUGUGUGUGUGUGUGUGAUUACCAGAGAAGGAAAAAAAAGAGAAAUGUUUACUCAAAACAUACUUAUAAUGGAAGUUUAUGGGUGUCUGCCGAACUUCAGUGCCAUGAGUACGUUUAAAAUACGUGAGGAAAGUAAAUCCGGGAUUCCAACACCGGAGCGAUGAGUAACGCCGGCUUCGUGUACUCUCCUGAAGAUUUUGGAAAACAGCACAAGUUCAUCUUUACUAGAAGCUGUAAGCGCGAACACGCUAACAGUAGUUCUGUCUGAGGAAGGAGUGCGCGGAACAGGACGCGGCGUAACGAUCACACUCGACACCAGAUUUACUACUACACCCCGGAGUCUGUAUCUUUCUCCUGAAGCGUUUUUAUUCAUCUUACCCCACAGCAAUUCAGCAACGCAAAACAUCUACAAAAGUGACACGUCUUACGUCUUUAUCCAUUUAUAAUGACACUUACUGUCGUUAGUUCCUGCUCUCACUUACUUUAUAACAGCUUUAAACAGCCGUUCCUUCACCACCCUUUCCCGCUCGGUCGAUCGGCUGAAGUCAAAUCCCAGCUUUUCGUGUUGAUGAGAAACUGCAAAGCUCUUCAUCCUGAAAGGAAAACGUCCUUCUAAAUAAACAUCUCCUCUCAGGAAUCUUCAUACUAACGAUCCGUGUAGCUCAGCAUCGAUCACGUGCUUACAACAAGCACAGUAUAUACUCCAGCCGUCCGAGCCGGAGUCAGAAAACUAAACGACACGGUGUUAGAGAGAACAUUCAUUCAGUGUCCCAGCGUCCGACAUUAGACUUCCAAUUGGUAUGUUUCGAGUAAAUCGGAUUUCUUUUCUUUUUUUGUGUGUGGUGAAAUUACUGCCUGUGGUAAUCACACACACUACAGACGCACUGGAACAAGUUUUUUUUUAAAACACAACAUUUAUAAACAGCUUUUAUUGGGGGAGGGGGGGGGGGGGGGGGGGGGGGCUGCAUUCCUGUAAAGGUGUGAUUAAAGGAUGGCGCAAUGCCAGUAGUGAAGCCGUUGCUACGGGAACGUAUAUGAAAAGCUGCAAUGUUGAUAGAAACGGCUCAGAGAAUUGUUUGCACUGAUUUUUGUUAGCGAUCGAAUUCGCAAUUGCUGAUCACAUUUCUAUGCGCAUUUUUUUUAUGCUGCAGAAUUACUCAGUAAGCUUUUCUUUCUUUCCCUAAGCUUUACAUUACAUUACAUUACAUACUAUAUCAUACCAGCAAUCUUUGUGUUUAGACUGAACCAGACAUCCUGCUAGAAGACGUGCAACGGAUUAGACGGACUAGUUUAACUCUUCUAGCGGUGAGAAAUCACGUUGCGAAACGAUUGUGUUGCGAGUGUUUUUAAGAAAUACCUGCUCAGUGUUCACAACAUGAACCGGACUUGCAAAAGUCGAUUUCCUCUUGAAUCGCGGCAAUUAGGAAGCGACUCUGCGGUAACGAGAAACGAACUUCACGUGGACAAAUCGCAAAGUUCCCGUUCGUUUUCUCUUCAACAACGCUGACAGACAGCAAGUCAUGACAUCCUCGCAAACACAAUCACCACAAAUCACCUUCAUUCUCGAUCUGUGCAGAAAUUAAUACAUCAUCAGAGCUGCACGCUACUCGUACUGUACGGUUGUGAACAGGAAGUGACUCCAUGCUUUCCUGACAGAACAGAAAUAUCAAGGUGUAUUGUUGAACAAUUAUCAUCUAGGACUUUCUGUAAACCUUGUACAAGGACUGAUGGAAACAAAACUUGACAAAAAUAAAAACCAGUUGGUACUUGA